AUGCGAGGCAACGGCACAUCGACGCACAUUACACCCCCUCCGCUGCUGUUGGUGACCAAUGACGAGGAGGACGAGGAGGAGCAGGAGAUGGACAAGAGGCAGAGGGCCAGUUCAUCCACAAUGCAGCCACAUCAGUCGCCCUUCUCACCUCCAUCACUCGUCAUCGUCAUCGUCGUUGAGCGGCUGACACGUGCAAUGUCUGCCUCACGCCAGAUUGGAGCUGGUGUUGGCCGGAGUGUGAUGGCGGCUGUGCAGUCGAUGGCGAUGAUGGCGAUGACAGCCGAGCUGAGUUGCACAGCUACACUGCUGCACCAGGCACAGCAGCAACAACACCAACACAUGCGCCAUGUGCCAACCAAAGCAGCCAUGAUGGGCUCACCUUGCUCACGCAUAUGGGAACACUGCGUGAGCACAGCAGCGACAGCCGAAUCAGAGGAGUUGCACCAGCAGCAGCCGGCAUGCUAG